AUGGCUAUCAUAAUGCCAGUAAUAAGCUAUGUUGUGGAUGAGAUUGUAUUGGAUUUUUUUCGAAACAACCAAUACGAAGACCAACUCACAGCUGGCAAUGACUUUGGUGCAAACCAAAACAACAACAACAACAUCAAAGACGACAAUAACAACAACAAGAAAUCCACCCAGGAUACGUUCAAGGAAGAUGUUUUUAAUUGGGCAGACGAACCCUGGACUCCCUGUAACGAUGUUGAGGUCCCUGACUGGGCCAAGAUGGAAGAUCCGACGACUGACGACUUCAAUCCUGAGUUGAUAUGGGCAGAGGACCCAUGGACCCAGGUACCGCUCGUCGGUCUUCCAACAUGGAUGUUGUUGCCCGGUAUCGACUUCCCUGUAGAAGGAGAAGACCUCUUUGUAGACACUCCAGUCAACAAUGGCGAAGAUGACGCUGCAUUCUUAGCCUCCGGUAUCGAAAUUGUUAAUUGGAGUGAUGAACCGUAUGUUCAGUUACCCCUAGAUGUACCAAGAUGGGCCCUGCUCCCCGGUAUCGACUUCCCGGUUCACGGCGGAAACAACAGUCCCUAUUGGAAGGAUCAACUAAACGAUAAGUUCAAUAAACGAGGACAAUUUCGUAGAAAGGUUAAUACAUCAAGAUGUCAUAAUAGAACAAGGGAACAUGGUAGCUCUUUCCAUACAAACAAUUCAAACAAACCAAAUCACCAAGAGCAUCUCUGGAAUUCCAAAAAACAGUAA